AGGAGGAGGGAUAAAAACAGAGACAGGCUUCGUGAAUCGGGCGGGUAAACUGGCAGACGGGCUGCCCGGCUGCGGAUGCCAUUCAGCGGCUACACUACAAAGGGAUCCACAUUGGCUUAGUACAGUAGAGGGAGGAAGUACUGUUGAUAGGAAAUCUAUUCAAACUACCUAGACAUGAGAUGAAGAGAACCGGGGAAUUGUGAGAGGACAGCAGCCAUAGGAAGAACCGAUUCAACCGACCCGCGUCCCGGAGCUGGACCUACAGUGAAACAGCGACGUCUGGUGGGACAAAUUAACCAUGACAGGAGUGUGUGGGUGCUGUGGGGCCCUAAGACCCCGAUACAAGAGACUAGUGGACAACAUCUUCCCUGAGGACCCCGAGGACGGCCUUGUUAAAGCCAACAUGGAGAAGUUGACCUUUUAUGCUCUGUCUGCUCCAGAGAAACUGGACCGUAUAGGAGCCUACCUCUCCGAAAGACUGUCCCGAGAUGUAGCAAGACACAAAUAUGGGUAUGUCUGCAUCGCUAUGGAAGCUCUGGACCAGCUGCUAAUGGCAUGCCACUGCCAGAGUAUCAACCUGUUUGUAGAGAGCUUUCUGAAGAUGGUGCGUAAGCUGCUGGAAGCUGAUAAACCAAACCUGCAGAUCCUGGGGACCAACUCGUUUGUGAAGUUUGCCAAUAUUGAAGAGGACACACCCUCCUACCACCGGAGCUAUGAUUUCUUUGUAUCCCGAUUCAGUGAGAUGUGCCACUCUAGUUACGAGGACCCUGACAUCCGCACAAAGAUCCGGAUGGCUGGGAUCAAAGGCCUGCAGGGUGUAGUGCGGAAGACUGUCAAUGAUGAGCUACAGGCCAACAUCUGGGACCCUCAACACAUGGACAAGAUCGUCCCAUCACUGCUCUUCAACCUGCAGCAGGGAGAGGGGACUGACAGCCGCUCCCCAUCUCCCCUGCAGUCCUCAGAGAAGGAGAAGGAGAGCCCCGCCGAGCUGACGGAGAGGUGUUUCCGGGAGCUGUUGGGCCGUGCAGCCUACGGGAACAUCAAGAACGCCGUCAAACCUGUCCUCAUGCACCUGGAUAAUCACUCACUGUGGGAGGGCAAAGUUUUUGCUGUCCGCUGCUUUAAAAUCAUCAUGUAUUCCAUACAGUCCCAGCAUUCCCACUUGGUCAUUCAGCAGCUCCUGGGACACCUUGAUGCAAACAGCAAAAAUGCUGCCACAGUGCGUGCUGGGAUAGUGGAGGUACUGUCUGAGGCAGCUGUUAUUGCAGCCAGUGGUUCUGUAGGGCCCACUGUGCUGGAGGUGUUUAACACUUUGCUCAGACAGCUCAGGCUGAGUAUAGACUACGAACUCACUGGCUGUUAUGAUUCCUGCAUCAAUAUCGGCUCCAAGAUUAUCAAGGAACAUGAAGAGCGCCAGUUCCAGGAGGCCGUCAUCAAAACCAUCGGGUCUUUUGCCAACACUCUUCCCACCUACCAGAGGUCUGAGGUGAUGCUGUUUAUCAUGGGGAAGAUUCCUCUACCUGAGGUCCAUCCCGCUGUGGGUUCUGCCAAAUCAGGGUACGAGGGGAGCAGGAUGAUCCAGAUGAUGCUGCUGAAGUCCCUGCUGCAGGUGACCACAGGGUUCCAGACCACCAACAUGCUCACAGCGCUGCCCAGCUCUUUCCUCGACCCCCUGCUCUCUAUCACACUAAUGGAGGAUGCAGAAAUACGCCUUCUGGUACUGGAGAUUCUGAUCAGCCUCAUUGAUCGCCAUGACAACCGGACCAAGUUCCCUACUAUCAACAUUAUCUCUGAUAUAUCUGUGCUCAAGUUAAAGGUAGACAAGUGCUCCAGACAAGACAACCUCUUCAUGAAAAAGCACUCCCAGCAGCUGUACCGGCACAUCUUCCUGGCUUGUAAAGAGGAAAAUAGCCAGUGGCCACACUUUGAGGCGCUCUAUGCCCUGCUGGCAGUCAUCAGCAUGGAGCUUGCCAACGAGGAGGUGGUGGUGGAUCUUAUCAGACUGGCCCUGGCAUUACAGGAGCUGGCCCUGAUGAAUGACGAUGGCCUGCCAGUGUUUAACCGCUGUGCUGUUCACGCUCUCUCUGCUGCCUACCUGAACCUGAUCAGCCAGCUAACCACUGUUCCAGCCUUCUGCCAGCACAUCCACGAGGUUAUUGAGAUGCGUCAGAAGGAAGUCCCCUAUUUGUUGCCAGAGGAUGUGUUCAUAGAGAAACACAGUGUUCCCAAGACUCUGCAGAAGCUUGAGGGAGAAGUGUUGUUUCUGCAAAGCAAAAUCAGUGAGGUGCUGGGAGGCAGUGGCUACAAUGCAGACAGGUUGGCUACCCCAUACAUACCCCAGCUUACAGAAGAGGACCGCCUGUCAAAGAGAAAGAGUAUCGGAGAGACCAUCUCCCUGCAAGUUGAGGUGGAGUCCAGGAAUAGUCCUGAGAAGGAGGAGAGAACUCCAGCUGAGGAGAUUACAUUUGAAACACUGAAGAAAGCUAUUGUGGACAGUGUGGGGAUGGAGGAGCAGGAGAGAGAGCGCCGACGACUGGUUGUCGAGAAGUUCCAAAAGGCUCCCUUUGAGGAGAUAGCUGCCCACUGUGGUGCCAGGGCGACUUUACUGCAAAGCAAACUGAAUCAAAUCUUUGAGAUAACCAUAAGGCCUCCUCCCAGUCCAUCAGGCACCGUCACUGCAGGGUACGGACAGACCCAGAGCCGCUCAGUCCCCGUCUAUGAGAUGAAGUUCCCCGACCUCUGUGUCUACUAGCAGCCCUGCAUGACAGGACAGGAUGGAACCUCCCACAGCAAUGUGACAACAUGACACAAUCUGAGACAAAGUUAGGGAGGUGAAGGGAGGGGGUGCAGGGAUUUUAACUUAGGAACAUCUAUCCAGACACUGUUCUAGUUAAUUUGUCUGUUGUUUACCUGGCAUGUUUAAAAGAAAGAUGCCUUUUCCAUUAAAUGCUCCGUAAUUCAGUUUUGGGGGAUAGUAGCCACAUGUAUCCAAAGUUAACCAUCGCUGCAGCUCCUCUCAAAAGAAAGUCCCAGCUCUGCAGUUAAUUCAAAGACUCUUUGAAGUAAAUUGUGACAGUGCCAUUCAACUGCAUGUGAUAAUGCCACUAUGCUAAACACUGUGCCCUGGAGCCAACAGGAACUCAUUAUUCUUAUAGCAAAACAAAGAACUUUACAGAAAGCAGUACAUUUUGUUAAUUCACGUUUCGGUGGAUAAAUUAUAAAGAUGUGAAUACAAUAUAUAUAAUUUGAUAAAUAGCUUCAGAUUUUAGAACCAGGAGUGUGUAGAUGGGUAACUUCAGGCAAUCUGCACACAUUCACAAAAAGUGGCAGUUGUUUCAAGGUGCUUGGCAAUAAUCGGUUUGAUACUAGCUAUGAGGUAAUUGUGUUUAAAUAUUCUUAUUUAUGGUUUCCAGAACCAUAAUUCACUAUUUUCUUACUUACUUGGGUGACUAUUUUAACUCUGUUGGCUUGAGAUUAGUUUAGGUAUAUAAGAAGAUGUCUUCAUGUACUUAAGUACUGUAUGUCGUGCUUGUAUUUGUGUAUUAACUGUGUAUAGCUAUAGGCUCUGACAUACAGAAUGUCCACGCCCUCUCAAAGGCUAAGAAACAGCUACAUUUCUAAUGGCAGAGUAAAUCUGACCUUUAAAACAAAAUGUUGUAAUUGAUUGUCAUAUUGUAUGGCCACACAUAUUUAAGAUCUGCAGUCCUGUAGGACAGUGCUUUUGGUCUGUAACUAUAAUACGUUGUAGGUAAAAGCUUAUCUGAUCUGUGAUAGUCUUUUAAGAGAAUGUGCCAAGUUAUGGCAACAGAUACAAUGCAAAACACUUAAAUGUACAUUUUCGGUUCAGCUCACACUCAAGGACAGAUUAAAUAUACUUUGAGGAAUAUUUUAGGGUUCAUAUCCUAGUGAAAUGCAAGUAAGUAAUAAUGCAAAUAAUGCUUCUUUCCUGAUACAGAUUUAUAGGUAGUUUUUAAGAGCUAGAAGGGACUGUAAGUGUAGAAGUAAAAAAAAAAAAGGAAGCUAAAUUGCAUAAAGAUGUUGGCGUGGUUGUGAGUAAGCAUGUUUACAUCUGUUCAAGAGCAUGUGUGUGUGUGUCAGUGUGUUCAUGCCAAGUGGGCAUGGAAGUGUACAUAUGAAUUGUGUGUAUUGGGUAUGCAGGUGAGUGCAUGUCUGGGUGUUAUAACCUCUGAUGACCCUCAUUUAUUUUAGGUUUUAAUAUGUGCAAGAGACAAUAGAAAACCUUUAAUGCAAAACACUUGACUGUGAAAGUUCUGUUCUUUAACAUUACCGAAACUUGCUUGUUCUUCUGAACCACUUAAAGAAACAACCUAAUGGUUGGAAUUUCUGAAUACUUUAGAAUCUUACUUUAAUUCAAGCAAAAGGCUGUGUGAGUUGUGGAUAUUUAUGAGUCUUCAGUAUACACUGUAAGUGAGCGCUUCUGUGUCUUGUUAUUGUAUGUUUCUGGUUUUAUGUUUUAGUGUUUGUAUUUAGUAUUUGUAGCUGCAAGUGUGUGUGUGUGUGUGUUUUGUCAGAGGGGUUGUUUUUGUACUGCGGUUAAAGGUUACUGAAGAUACCUUUAUCCUUCCAGUUACAACACAGAAGGUCAUACUCAUUAAGGACCAUCACACCAGUAAAUCUAUAGAACUGAUCUAAAUAAAUAAAUAAAUAGAGAGAGAGAGACAGAUGGCAGUACAUGAGGAUAGAGUAUGGGUUAUGGAUGGAAUCUCUCUGCUUUUAGCUGCUGAUAAUGUUACAGUUCAGUAUUUUAAGUACCUGUUUUACUUUCAUUGUUUUAGUUUUAGUGUUUAGAGUUUAGAAUGUUGUGAAUGUAACAUAAGAAUGUAAGCUAAAGCUGUCUCCCCAUUGCCAGCUGAUUAUUAAGCCCUAGAAAUAGUAUUAUAAUUUUUUUAUCACUAAUAUUUAAGCCAUUUAACAUUAUUUGUAUUUUAUUUUUGGGGGGG